AUUAAGGCCAAUGCGCUGUUUCUCGAUCGGUUGCUUGAUCUCACUACUUUUCAUUUCCAGUUGAGGAUAUAAUCAUCUAGGUAAGCUUUUGCUAAUAAAUCUGGACAUGACUGGCUAUCAAUGUACAGACAUAAUUGCUGAUAACGAUCCCUUCCUCCCUUGUCCGCGAUUGGUCACCUAUUAAGCUGUAAUAGUGCAAAAAGCGAUAUAGGGUUCUUCUUCUUACACGCGUACCUCUUUCUAAAUCAGCUGAUAUAUAUAUGAUCGGAAUUUCUCUACAUCUUACGAUUCUUAGAAGCUAGACCAGUCCAUACUACCAGUGAACUAUGGCAAACAUCCAGUCUGGAAUCAAAAUCGCAAUAGACCGUGGAGGCACAUUCUGUGAUGUUAUCGCUCAAAUACCAGGUCGAGAAGAUGUAGUGUUCAAACUGCUCUCCGUGGACCCCCAGAACUAUUCGGACGCACCGCGAGAGGCGAUCCGGCGCGUGUUAGAGAUUGCAGAAGGCAGAUCAAUCGCACAAGAAGAGAAAUUGAAUGCUUCAUCUAUAGAGGAUUGCCGUAUUGGAACUACGGUAGCCACGAAUGCUUUACUGGAACAUAAGGGAAAGCAGUUCGCCUUACUCACCACCAAGGGGUUCAAAGACCUAUGCGAAAUAGGCGACCAGUCGCGUCCACAUUUGUUCGAUCUGAACAUUCGCAAACCAAAGGUCUUGUUUGACAAAGUUGCGGAGAUCGAAGAGAGAAUCACUAUCGAGAACUAUGAACUAGAUCCUUAUCCUCGACCUGAAUUCGAUGUGAAUGAUCCGAAUCUCAUGAAGACUGAGAGUGGAGAAGUUGUCCGCAUCCUUCAACCAUUGGACGUGGAUUUAACUAGAGCUUGUCUUCGGUCUUUACGACAGGAAGGGUUUGACUCUAUCGCGAUAUGCUUUAUUCAUUCACACAUAUUUCCAGACCAUGAAAGACUGGCCGCGAAGAUCGCAGAAGAAGAAGGCUUCGAGUCGAUAACUAUAUCAUCUGAGACUAGUCCUCGCAUAAAGAUGCUACAGAGAGCUACAGCCGUCUGUAUUGAUGCCUAUCUCUCGCCUGUGGUGCGCACUUAUAUAAACAGCUUCUUAGACGGGUUCGACGUGCCCCCGCAACGAGUUGACUUCAUGUCAUCCGACGGCGGAUUGAGAAAGGCACAAAAGUAUACAGGAAAUGCAGCAUUACUUAGCGGUCCAGCUGGAGGAGUCGUUGGUAUUGCCCGCUCAUGCUACGACACAAGGGAUGGUAGAGCUCUAAUAGGUUUCGACAUGGGUGGAACAAGCACGGAUGUAUCCCGAUAUGACGGGAAAUUCGACCACAUUAUUGAAUCGACCAUUGCCGGCAGGAAGAUCUCUACACCUAUGCUCAACAUCGCCACAGUGGCCGCAGGAGGCGGAUCCAUGUUAUUUUGGCGGAACGGGCUUCUGGUUGUCGGUCCUGAGAGUGCGGGAGCACACCCCGGUCCAGCAUGCUAUAGAAAAGGCGGCCCAUUGACGGUAACUGACGCUAACCUCUUCCUUGGUCGCCUGGUGGUCUCUUCAUUCCCGUCAAUAUUCGGAGAAAAGGCAGAUAAGCCAUUAGAUACAGAGGUGGUAGCGAAGAGAUUCGACGAGUUGGCCGAAAUAAUCAACGCAGAAUCGGACAUCAAAUUCACUCCGGAGCAGAUUGCUCUUGGAUUCAUCAACGUAGCAAAUGAGAGCAUGUGUAGACCCAUACGCAAUGCAACUGAGGCUCGCGGGUAUGCGACAUAUGAUCAUAACCUGGUCAGCUUCGGUGGUGCAGGCGGUCAACAUGCCUGUGCAAUUGCUUCGAACCUUGGAAUAGAAAGGAUUCUGAUUCAUAGAUAUUCGUCUCUCUUGUCCGCAUAUGGAAUCAGCUGCGCCCAAAUAACGUCUGAAGUUACGGAGCCAUCAUUUCUUACUUUAUCAACGGAAGCUAUUUGCAUUCUCCAAGAGCGUGAGAAGCACCUAAAGACAAAGGUCGAGCAUGACCUGCACACUCAAGGCAUAGGCAAACAUGCUAUUGAGUUCCACACGUUCCUGAAUAUGCAGUACAAGGGUAUGGAUACAAUACUCAGUAUCGAGCAACCGGCCGAUGGGGACUACAAGUCUGCAUUCACGGAACGCCAUCUGAGAGAGUUUGCGUUCAAGGCAGACAGAGACAUCAUUGUGGAUAGUAUCACUUUGCGAGGUACUAGUAAGACCAGUACACAAGAAGAUGCUGCAUCUCUGUCAGCGGAUAUUGAAGAAGCGAAACGGUGCAGAAUCAAACCCGAACCCGUCUCGUUCCAGAAAGUGUAUCUGGAGGGUGAAUGGGAAGACGUUCCAAUUUAUAAACUAGAAUCUAUGAAGGUCGCUUCUUACCUCACUGGCCCCGCUAUCAUCACGGAUGAAACCCAAACCAUCCUCGUCGAAAAAGGAUACGAGUGUUUCAUAACAUCUCAUCACGUCGUGAUAGAUCGAUAUCAGCAAGAACAGAGUUCAAACUCUAUAACUUCUAACAAAGUCAACCCAAUCCAACUAUCCUGUUUCGCCAAUCGAUUCAUGUCCAUUGCCGAACAAAUGGGAAACACACUCCAGCGGACAUCAAUCAGCACCAGUAUCAAAGAACGUCUCGAUUUUUCCUGUGCCAUAUUCUCACCAAGUGGAAACCUGGUAGCGAAUGCCCCUCACAUACCUAUCCACUUGGGAAGUAUGCAAUUUGCAAUUCAAUAUCAACAUCGACUAUGGAGCGACAAGCUUAAGCCUGGAGAUGUUCUCCUGACAAACCAUCCUGAAGCUGGCGGAACGCAUUUGCCUGACCUUACUGUUAUCACCCCGGCCUUUUAUGGAGAUGAGCUUGCAUUUUACGUCGCGUCACGAGGUCAUCAUACUGACAUUGGAGGAAUCGGGAUCACGAGUAUGGUCCCUGAUUCAAAGGAACUAUGGCAGGAGGGAAUGGCUGUCAAAUCGAUGAAGAUAGUUAGCAGCGGCGUAUUCCUUGAAGAGGAAAUCAGAGACUUAUUCAACAAGGUCGCAGAAUAUCCAGGAUGCAGUGCGACGAGGAGACUCAAUGAUAACAUCUCCGACAUCAAGGCUAAGAUCUCUGCUAACCAGAGAGGGAUCACCUUGAUCCAACAGCUCUGUGAGGAAUUCACUUUACCUAUCGUGCAUCUGUACAUGCAUGGAAUUCAAGACAAUGCCGAAGUUGCUAUCAAGGAGCUGUUUAAGAAGGUAUACAGAACGACGAAAGGAAAACCACUCAAGGCCGUUGACUGGUUAGAUGACGGCACACCAAUCCAGCUAGAAGUGACAAUUGACAGCGAAGAAGGUACGGCGAUCUUUGACUUCGAGGGAACCGGUGCUCAGACCUAUGGCAAUAUGAACAUGCCUAUUUCCAUCACGCACUCUGCGAUAAUCUACGCGUUACGUAUAAUGGUGGACAUGGACAUCCCACUGAACCAAGGUUGUCUUAAUCCUUGCAGAAUUCGAGUUCCCGAAGGAACAGUUUUGAAUCCCUCACCGACAGUCGCUAUCUGUGGUUCCACCAUAUCAAGCCAACGUGUGACGGAUGUCAUCUUUAAAGCAUUUGGUGCUGCUGCUGCUAGUCAAGGAUGUGCUAAUAGCCUGGGAUGGGGAAUGGGAGGAAAGGACCCUCUGACUGGAAAGGUUACUCCAGGAUGGAAUUACGGAGAGACAGUCGGAGGAGGAAGUGGAGCAGGACCAACUUGGCAUGGUGCGAAUGGUGUCAAUGUCCAUUCGACUAAUACGCGAGCAACGGACCCAGAAGUAAUUGAGAAGCGGACACCGGUGAUUAUCCGUCGGGACGAAAUCAGCAAAGGGACCGGGGGCAGAGGAAGAUUCAAUGGCGGCGAUGGCGUGAUUCGAGAAGUCGAAGCCAGAAUCCCUUUAACAUUCAGCGUCCUGUCCGAGCGGCGUGUAUACAGUCCCUACGGGAUGGAGGGAGGCAAGCCGGGUAGUGUGGGCAAGAACUUUAUAUUCAAAAAGAACGCACACGGAAAGCUUGAAAAGAUCAAUAUCGGAGCGAAAGCAGUCGUGAGGCUGCAGGCAGGGGACUAUAUACAGAUAAACUCUCCUGGUGGAGGAGGUUGGGGGCCUCCGAUAGAAGAUAUGGAUAGUUAUACCUUGGAUACUAGACCAACACCGCAGUAG